GCAGCGUCGGAUAUGCUGUGCGAUAAAAUGGAUUAUAUUACCGUCUAACUUCGCUAAAGCAUUUUUUGAGGUUAUAAUUCACACACCAAAUAGUUUUGCGAUAUACACGUGAAGAACUGGUGAGUUUAGUUUUACUCUCAAAUACACCAGACUGCCGUUACCGAAGAUAGCUCCUGGCUUGGAUUGAUUUAACGCUAUGCAUGCUAACCUAGCUAGCACGUCAGUUUAGUAAUUAGUUUCGCUCGGUUUUGCUGUUGAUACAUUGGACCACGCAAAGAAAACGUUGAACUUUUCAAAGGUCCCGAGCCAUGGCGAAAGAACGGGCCCAGAAGAAGUCCUUCGAGCAGAGUCUGGAGGACAUCAAGGAGAGGAUGAAGGAAAAGAGGAACAAACGGCUGGCUAGUGCUUCAGCUCCUAACAGAGGACGGUCCAGAAUGAUAAACAAGAGCAAUGCGGGUAACUCCACUCACACCAUCCUGAAGGGUGUCCAGAUGAACAACAAGGCACUGGCUGUAGCUCUGCAAGCCGAAAAGGAAAAAGCAAGACAGGCCAAUGCAGUGAUCCUGCAGCUGAAAAGGGAGCAACAGGCCCUUUUCCUUCACCUGCUUCUGCUCAAGAAGAAGCUUAAAGAGCAGGAAGCUCUGGCAUUGAGUGCUUCAGAGAAUAAAUCUCCCAAUGUCUCUGAUGAGCCCAAACACCAUGUAAAUUCGGCAAGGCGAAAGCGCAUCAGCCAGAACCUUGAUGAGCCCAUUGUUUGCAAAGCUUCACCAAUUUGUGCAGACCCUCAGCUCUCUGAAAAGACUGCACAAUCUGACAAGCAGGUUGCGUUGCCACCUACAGUGGGUGUGAGGCGCCGCCAUGCAGAUAGAAGAAGCAGGAGGAGGUCUGAGCGUGUGCAACAAAAUUUGUUGUUGAGUGAGGGGGACCCCAUCACGGGCUUGGAUCCUUUAAUAGCAAGUCCUAUUCGCAGUGACAGUGAAAAUACUAAUAAACUACAGCAAGGAGAAGAGGCAGAUUUAGUGGCCCCUGUUGACACUGAGGAGUUUCAGCAUUCUACUCCUGAACCUGCCCCACCUAAAAACAACAACAACAACCAGCAGCGGCCCUGCAGGAAAAAAGCUCAGCAGCAGCAGCAGCUGCAGCCCCGCGCCAAAGCAGAAUCUGCUGCACGUAAAGCAGAGAGAGGCCGUAAACCAGAGCGUGCCCCUUUGAAGAAACCUUGGGAGAAUCCCAAACCCAGAGCUCGCUCUAAGAGUCGGGAUCGGUCAGCCACACGGGCCAAAACAGCACCUCCGUCGCAGGGGAAUAAGCUCAACACGUCACUGGGAUUUAAUGACACGUUUGAUUUUGACUGCGAGGAGGAGGUUCACGUCACACCAUUCAAAGCCAAGGCAGAGGACAAUCAGCUGUCCACACCCAUCAGCGAGGAGACUCCAAUAACUGAAGCUUCACCUGUGGUUUCCAAACAGAAUGACUCCAGCUCGUCAUCACCCUCUUCUGAAUCAGAGGACAGCCUUUAUGUCCCUCAGAAGAGCAGACGAAGGCAGGUUUCCCCCGACAAGACCAAAGUGAUCUCCACUCGUAGAGGCCGGCCCUCUCGACGCGCUAGUCAGAAGGACAACCCUCCAAAACAGGAGAUCUCUGUCUGCAGAGACGAGGAGUCAGGUCCUCAGACUGUAGAACCAGAAAAGAAAGAAGCUCAUCACUCCCCUGACUCUAGCUUCUCAAACAGCCCUGACCCAGUUAUGAUGACGCAGAAAAAUCACCAAGAGCCUCACAGAGAACUUAUUGGGAAGGAUUCUUUGCUGCCUGUUAGCCCUCUGGUUGAAGCUGAGAUGAUGAGAAUAGACAGUGUCCUGUCCAAUUUCCAAGAUUCUUCUGGUGAAGCUCCUCUUUUACCCCACCAAACACAGCAGAGGGUCAAGACAUGCAAGAAACCCUAUCGCAAGUUCUCCUCUGGUGGCUCACGGCCUUCUGAUGCCCGAUGCUCCACCCCUGUUCCUGCUCGCAAGCGGCGCUGCACCAUGGCGGUGGACUACAAGGAACCCACGCUAAAUGCGAAACUUCGGCGUGGAGACAAGUUCACAGACUUGCAGUUCCUCCGCUCUCCUAUUUUCAAGCAAAAGUCAGGCAGGAGGUCUGUACAGAAAUCAAGGAAUUCCAUAAGCAGCCAGCAGACAUAUGAGAAAUACAAUGAGUCAUUUGUCGGAUGUCGCUGAAGGCAGCUACCUUGUUGAGUGUUGGCUGGCAUUACCAGCUUUGUGCAAAGUGAUCAUUUUGUUUUUCAUUCUCAAACUUGUAUUUUUAAUGUGAAUAGUUUAAGAUGUUAUUUUUGUGACUUUGUUCUCUUUAAACCUAAAAAAAAUCUUCAUUCUCUCUUGCAUAUCCCCUGAUUAUCUCUAGCCAAAUGUGUCCAUGACUAUUUUAAAAAGAUGGCCAUUUCUAUGUCAUCAUUUCACUUCAAUUUUGUAUGUUUUUAUUAUGAUAUCCUGAAUUAGUAUGCAUGGUAUUUUUGUCACUUAAUAAAUGUGUCUGGCUGGUAAAGGGACAGUGAAAGCAGGAUAUCUGUAGGGUCUUAAAGUAUUAGAAGUUGUAAAAUGAUAUGUCAGUUUAGCGAUUAAACUGGUGUUUAAUGACACUUUAAAGGCCUACUAUGGUCUACUAUUUUUAUGGCAUACUAUACCAUGACAUUUGGUAAGAACAGUUACCCAUAUCUAACACCUUUUCUCUUCUAUUUCAGUGUGGUAUCACUAUAUUUUUACUGCUCCUGUGCAAUGCCUUAAAACUUUCUGCAGUGAUGAAAGAAUCUAUCUGUCUAUCUUCAGGGUAUACUGUACUAUGGAGUUUUAAACACAAUAAAUUUUGAAGGAAUACUA